CUCUAUUCCGGUUUUUCUCCCAAGCGGUCCAAAGUCCAAAGCCCGUCGCGCUCCGAACCCGGUUCGCUUCUGUUGCUCGCCACUUUCCCCUUCUCUCCCUCCUCGAACUCCACUCCGCGAGAGGAGCUCGAGAGAAGCGGGGAGAGAGAGAGAGAGAGAGAUUAGGGUUUCCGCUGCUUCGAGAUUCGUGCGGGGGCUCGUAAUGGCGCCGCCGGAGCUGAGGGAGGCGCUCGGCGAGCUCUGUGGCGGCGGCGGAGGCGGCGGGGAGUGGUCUUACGCGGUGUUCUGGCGCGCGGAUCGACGCGAUCCGGGGUUGCUUAUAGUGGAGGAUAGCUACUAUGAAGAUCAAGUUGGAGGAAUGGUUGGGAAGAUGAUUAAUCAUUUCCACAUAAUUGGGGAAGGAAUCAUCGGAGAAGCUCUAGUAAGUGGGAAAUGUCGGUGGAUGUAUGCUGAUACUGAUGGUACCGGCUUGAGUCAGACCAACCCCAUUGCAAGUCAAGAAAUUUUCCAGGGCAAUACUUGGUGGCAACAUCAGUUCUUGGAAGGAAUAAAGACUAUUGCAGUAAUACCUCUGCCAUCGUUUGGCGUAGUGCAAUUUGGUUCCACCAGAAAGGUUCCUGAAAGUUCCGAGUUCAUCAACAAAGUUCAGGAUUUACUUAAGCAACUAGGAAGUAUGUCAGUUUUUCUAAACAACGGUUCUUAUAAGGAUAUUAUUACAUAUAAUCAGCCUGCGGCACUUGGCUGUGCAAGCUCUUUGGGAGAUAUCUUUAAGUGUUAUAAUAGCACCAGUUCUCUACAAAGCAAGACGGACAUUGAUAAAAUAUCGCAUACACAGUUGUUGAGACCUCCCUUUUUGUCUUCAGCUGAUUUCUCCAAGGGGUCUUUUAAUGCUUUUGGAUGUUAUGGCAGUGGCAGCAGCAUAAAUUCUUAUAUGUCAAGCUAUAUUGGUUUAUCUAAAGGAUAUUUGAACUUUGGGAACUUCUCUUAUCAAGCAAAUAACCAAUCACAUCCAGUCAAUGCCGAAACUCAUGCGCAAUUGGCAUCUAGAACACUACCCAGUUCUAUUUUUUCUCAUAACAAAACUUCUACCUACUUAAACACACCUGGUAUCAGCGAGCUUACUAAUCCACCUAUGAUGGGGGAGAGAUUGUCAUCAGGGAUGGGAAUGCAAGGGUUUGCUAGUGUUACUUCUUUGAAUGACUUUCCUUGCCUUGGAGUUUCAUCUUCGUCCUGUAGCGCAUUUGGAUCAUGCAACACAAUUUCCAGCACAAGAUCUCAAAUCAACGAAGCAUGCCUCCCUAGUAUAGAGAAGUUACUAGAUUUUCAGAAUUCGUCGAUCUGCUCUUAUUCCAUAGGCAACCUAUCUGGUGCAGAAUCUCUCGACAAAAUCCCUUCCUUUACUCCAGAAAUUCCAAAUACUUGUCUCACUUUAUCCGAGGUUCUUAUACCUGAAAAAUCUCUAUUGUUUCCUGCCAAUGAGAGUGCCACUAACUUUGCUUCACAAAUGAAUGAGACUCUAUUGGAUGUUGCUUCUGUUUCAGCGGGUUUGGUCCAGACUAAGGGCAAUGGUUGCAUCGAAGUGAUUAGUAGUAAGCUGACCGAGGAUCCCACUGCAUGUGUGUUCAACUCACUUGGCAGAGGAAGUAACGAGAACACUUCUACAGCACCUACUCAACAAGCUGCUGACAAUGACUUGUAUAAUGAUAUGGUAUUUGAACUCAGUUCCAACGCCCUCAUGCAGGAAUGCUUAGAUGACAUUGUCAUCCCAGAAUUUGAGAAGGGAUCCAUUUCAGGUGGAGAGAAAGACUUGUUUUCUGAGCUGAGUUUUGAACAAUUAUUAGAAGCUAUAGUCGGAAGUAAUAAUAUUAAUAAGACUCCGGCAUCUGGUUCUGUUCCUAUUAAUGUUAAGGCAGCAUCUGGCAAUAAUUCAGAGCACAAACUACCUACAGCUGUUACUGUAGGUUGCCCCUCAUUAUGUACUACUCAAAUACACGUUGUGAACCAGUCGGAUAAGGUCAUAACUGCACCCUCCAAGGAAGCGUCUUCGAAGUCACAUUUUAAUUUACAGAUUGAUGACAGUUGCAGCAUGAAUACUGGAAAUUUGAAGGUUAAUCAGCCGAAGAGUACCGAAGAAGCUGUCAAAGUUGUUAAGAAAAGAGCUAGGCCUGGAGAGAGUACUCGACCAAGACCCAAAGACCGACAGCUGAUACAGGAUCGCGUGAAGGAGUUAAGGGAGAUUGUCCCCAAUGGUGCAAAGUGUAGCAUUGAUGCUUUGUUGGACCGCACGAUCAAGCACAUGCUAUUUCUACAAAGUGUGACCAAGUAUGCAGAAAAAAUUAAGCAAGCUGAUGAGCCGAAAAUGAUCGGUGACGAGAGCGGUGUUGUCUUGAAAGACAAUUCAAGCGGCAGCAGCGGUGGCGGUGCUACCUGGGCCUAUGAAGUUGCUGGUCAAACCAUGGUGUGCCCUAUAAUAGUCGAGGACCUCACACCACCUGGCCAGAUGCUCAUUGAGAUGCUUUGUGAAGAACGAGGGUUCUUUCUUGAAAUAGCGGACAUUAUUCGUGGAUAUGGCUUGACAAUCUUGAAGGGAGUGAUGGAGAUUCGUGAAAGCAAGAUAUGGUCACGGUUUCUAGUUGAGGCAAACAGAGACAUAACCAGGAUGGAUAUAUUUUUGUCGCUUGUUCAACUACUGCAACAAACUAAUAGCAUUCGACCUAACGAGCAGCUAACGAAGGUUAUGGAAGGUGGAGGAGCGUCCACAUUCAAGAAUUAUCAGCAAUCGCCCAUAUCGAUUCCAGUUGGUUUGGCUGAUAGAGUGCAGUGAUCACCGUAAUCGAGCUGGUUUAGAAGCUACUUAGAAUGGAAGGAUUGUGGCAUAAGAUACCACUGUUUCGGCAUUCAAAUUCGGUGGACAUAACACGCCGUCGAAACGCCCUGGCAGUGGUGAAUUCGCGUAAACAUGAUCGAUCAAUCAUCACAAGAUGCAAAAAGAUAAGCUGUUACCGGUCGAGUUAGCGAAUGUAUUCAUGCAUGGGAAACAUAAAUUCGCGGGACGGAGAAGCUGCUGAGUUGGGGGCUUAGGAAUGUGGUAGAACUUGUUUGUGGACCUGGAGGGAUGCAGCUCUUAAGAUUUAAGUUAUAGUUAUGUAGGCUCUUGAGGUUGCGACCAUUCGGUUCCUGUUGUUCAUUAACCUGUUUAUAAGUAGUGUUGAUAAUCCGGCUUUUAAUGGCAUUUCAUGUUGUUUGACAUCAGUAAUUUCUCUUUAUGGUUAUUCACGUUAAACUGAAAAAUGAUUAUGCCAUCGCUUCGCGCACGGUACAUGCUACAAAUCCAAAACUAGUGUGAUUUUUUUCA